CUUCAACUUCAAGUUCGGAUGACGCUAUUGAAGGGUACCGUACAUCAGCGCACGAUGACCAUCCUCGCUUUCAAUUUGAGGUAGCUAGAGGAGCCAAAAUGGGAGGAGAGGCGUCCUCUGAAGAAUUCUGGAAGAUCCUCUUCACCGGAAGCUGCUUGCAAUGUUUGUAGCGGAGCAAGAGCACAGCUAUUCGCUGCUUUGGGAGGCAAAUGUGGGAAGUCAAAGAGGGGUUCGACGCCAGUGAAUCAGUCAGACGUCUUGGUGAGCACACGUCUACCUCAGAGCAGACAACUAGAAAAGGCCCACCGAUAAGACAGCCUACUAAGAAGAAGCCCCCGCCUCUGAAGGCCAGGCCGUCUUUCAACAACACAAUGGGGUACAUGGCGCUGGGAAAGUCCAGCCGCAAGAUGGAAGAGUCGUCUCUUCCUGGCGACCUUGACAGCCCGACAGACGACCUCGAAGUGGGCAAGCGGCUUGAGAAGCUAGAGGUGGAUGCAUCACGUUUCGGGGGCGAGGAAGAUCGAGACGAGCGGGAGGAGAAUGCGGACCCGGACACAGCUACAGGAGAAGAUCAAGAGAAGGACGAGAACGGUCGUGCGGGCACAGCACUAGAAAACGGGUUCAAACAUAACCGAGAGGAUUCGGUGGACGACUCCAAGGGGGGGCUGGGCACCUUUGACGGGAUCGAGGAUGAAAGGGGGGUCCCCGAAAAGAAGAGCCGGGGUUGCGUGCAGCACCACCGGCGUGCCUUGUUAUGUGGGGGCGCAUGCUGCCUCAUAUUCGUUCUCCUCUUAGGAAUUUUGGCGCUGAUAGGGUACCUUUUGUUCCGGCCCAAGGAGCCGGGUGUCAAGUUUAACAAUCUCAAAGUGCACCAACUGAGGCCAAAUAUCACUCCCCUACCCCCAAAAGCCACGCUCACUUUCAACGUGAGUGGAACGCUGAGUUUGGACAACCCGAACUACUUCGCCCUAACGUACUACAACACCAGUGCAUAUAUCUUGUACCGGAAUACGACGCUCGCAACGGUUCCGGUAAAGGAAGGACACAUACCCGCCCGAAGCAACCGGGAUAUUGCGCUGUCGGCGAUCGGUCGGGACUUCAACGUCAUCUCGAAACUAAGGGACUUGUCUUCGGACCUGAGCCGCAACAGGGUGCCGCUGACUGUCAACACCUUCGUUCCGGGCAGGUUUAGCGUUCUGGGGACCUUUGGGCACGAGUUCCAGGCAAGGAUCUCCUGCAACAUCACUGUAAACCCCGACUCUCCGAACUUCAGGAAUGUAACUCUCGUGGAUAAUUCUUGCACUUACAAGAUCACAUUGUAGGUCGUGGUCCCCUUACAGCCAAUGGGUCGUGCUGUAAAGGGAGUAGAAACAGGUCGCUGCCACUGCUACAUGUUGGAAUGCACGCCAGUAUCUUAAGUCGUUGGAGAAUUAGACUAUUGUCGGAACACGCGCUGUCUAAGCAGAAAGACCUUUGGUAGGAGUAUGAAGCAGCGACGAGGAGAUAUAAUUUAUCGGGCCAAAACAUCCAACACGAAGAGUUGAGUUUAUGAGGCGAUGGCACGCACCACUUGCGCAAGUUAAACGAGCCAGUGUCCCGGUUAUGAUACCCCAGACGAUUGAGCCUUACGUUCAAUUAGCCGGCCACCGAGCUAGAUUCAUCUUUCAAGACCGCAACGUUUUGCAUGCACUGUACAAUUGCAGUGAUCGAACGGCAGGCAG